AUCCAAACAAUGUCCAAUGACGAAACUACUUCACCUACAAUGGUUGGGUCAGUAGAAGAUGAAGAAGAGGAUGACGAAACUUUUCUGGAUGAUUCUAUUUUAACCAUCUCUUGGCACAAGGAACCUGUUUAUGCAGUGGAUUGCCAUCCGCAACUUUGCCACACAUUUCUUACCGCUUCAGGAGAUGGAACAGCUUGCUUAUGGAAAAUACAAGAUGGGUCUCAGGUGCAACCUUAUCAUACUGUAGAGGAACGUGGAGAUUCUCAAAGUCUAGCAAAGUUUAGUCCCAAUGGAACUUUGUUCGCUACUGCUUGUCUCGAUGGUUCUGUACAAGUUUUCAACGCCUCAAAUGGUUCACUUAUUUCAGAUUUGGUUGGUCCAACUAGUAGUGUUGAAUUCCUUCGUUGGUUUCAAGAUUCUUCGUGCCUUUUUGCAGGUUGUAGUGAUCAAACUGCUUGGAUUUGGUCCAUGUCCGAUGGAAAUCCAGUCAAUGUGUUCACUACUCAAGCUCCAGUUAUGAGUGGUUGUCUCUGUAGACAAGAUGAAUAUGCUGUAUUAGGAAUGGAAGAUGGAAAUAUUUCGGUAUUUCGAGCACUUGAAGCACCACCAACAUCAUUACAAGUCAUUCCACCUUCAUUACUAGGUCAAGCGAUUAUUUGUAUGGAAAGUGCUCCUUUUGAAGACCGCAUUGUGGCAAGUGGAGCAACAGAUGGUCAAAUAUUAUUGAAAGUUUAGACUUCUCUUAUCAAUAUCGUUGGUUAGCUUCAG